AAUAGGCUUCCAUAUAUGAGAAAGAGGAAGUGAGAAGGAGGUGCUGAAAGCCCCAUGAAACACUGCACGGCCCAUCGCCCGUUGAGAAGAGGAAGUGUUAGCUACAGGAAAGUUCACUAAACACAAGUGCGAAAACAAAAAGGCGGAUUAUUCUCCCAAUCAGGUCUGAUUAGAGGUGUUACAGAAUGGCUCAAGGCUGCCUCAAGUGUUUAAAGGUCACCAUGUGUGUUGCCAACUUCCUUUGUUUUAUGUGCGGUGUGGCUGUGCUGAGCUUCGGCGUGUACAUGAUGGUGAACUUUAAGUUUGCCGCACUCACCCCGACCUUGGCCAGCUUCAACUUGGCCAACAUGCUGCUGAUCAGCGGCAUUGUCAUCACCUGCGUGUCCUUCCUGGGCUUCCUGGGUGCUCUGAAAGAGAACCGCUGCCUCCUCCUGACGUUCUUCCUGCUGCUGUUCUUCCUCAUGCUGGUGGAACUGACUGUGGCGUGCUUGCUGCUUGUGUAUGAAAGAGAGAUUGCUAAAUUGGUAGCAGAUGAUCUCAACGAGGGUUUGAAAAAGGCAAAAUCGACACAUUCAAAUUCAACGGAUGGGAUUAAGAGUGACUGGGAUCUGGUUCAGGAGCAGCUUAAAUGCUGUGGAGUCAAUAAUGUGACAGACUGGGGAGACAACAACGUGCCUUCAUCUUGCUGCGAGAAAUGUGACAUCACCCCGCAGAAGUACUGGGAAAAGGGCUGUUUGUUAACGUUGAAGAACUUGUUUGAGGAGAAUUUCUUAACAACUGGGAUUUCUGUCAUUGUCCUCUGCAUUGUUGAGGUCUUGGGAAUGUGUUUUGCCAUGACGCUCUUCUGCCACAUCAGUAGAUCUGGACUGGGCUACAAGUUAUAGACAAUAUUCUCUCACAAUAUAUCUUGUCUAUGUAGUUUUAGUUAAUGCUGUUGUACAGUUCUGUCCUUGUGGAUGGCUAGAGAAGGCAUGGUAUGUUUCUGAAAACGCUUAAGAUCAGAAAAAGAUGAUUUUGUGAAUUUAUUAGCUUUCAUUUUACCGUAAUAACAAAACAUUUUUGAGGCUGACUCAGAACAAUCUUUGUCAUUCAUUGAAGGCAAAAAUGUUUCCAAGAUGACAAUUCUAAAUUGCCAUUUCAGUCUGAGCUGUGUGAAAUGAAAGCUGUUCUAUAUGACUUGCUUGCUGUUUAAUUUCUAAUUUCUUUAAGUGAACAAUUCCUGUAAAAUAUCACAUCCACUGUAAUUUUUCAAACUAAAAAACUUUUAGAAAUCUUAUAGUAAACCAAUAAAGUAUUGUUCGCAGUAUUAAGACUGCACCAUAGCCUCCA